ACGGCUCCAUCCGCGUCCGUAGAUCGGUUUCGCGUACGGAUCCCGAAGGGACGUCUCGUGAAUCGAGUCUCAAAAAUUGAUUCCACGGCGUCGUCCCCCGUGGUCUCGAGAGGCGCGACGCGAUAAAAAGAGCGCCGACGGGGCCGCGGCGCGUGUGCGCAGUCCCGCCGUCCAAGAUGUCCGCCUGGGCGCCCUCCAGGUAGUCGUGGUUAUGCGGCGCGGUGCGUUGCACACCGUCGUCAGGCCAAUCCUCGGUUUCCGUGGUGCGUUGGUUCGCGCGACGCGAGACUGGCAUCGGUCGCGAGCUGAGGUCGACCGCCGCGGGAAAAUCGCUCGGUUUCUCGCGUUCGACCGUGUUCCCGAGGUACGGUCCGUGUUCGUCCAGCUCCGGAGAGAGCGGAGAGUGCUCGCGCGAGUGCUGAAUCUCGGGGAGAGCCGGGGAGAAUCAGGGGAGAGCCAGGUGGAGCCAGGGAGAGCCAGGGAGAGACGGGUCCGGGUUUAGCGAUUCCAGGAGGCUGUAGAUAAGUUGGUGGCGCGAGGAAAGGACACGAGGGACAGGGAAAGUGGUUGUUGGUGUCCGAAACGACCACAGGAACGGGGUUCUCGAGAGGUCAAAGGACAGUCUGUGGAGCGGGCGAGUACAGGGACCGAGGAAAGUGGUUGUUGGAGUGGAACCGAGCAUUGCACAGGCCUUUGGAUAGACUUCUCGUGUGACGGGGACCUAGAGGGACGUGGAGAGUGCGAGAACGAGUGCGGAAUCUCGGGGAGAGCCAGGUGGAGCCGGGGAGAGCCAGGUGGAGCCAGGGAGAGCCAGGGAGAGACGGGUCCGUGUUUAAUCGUUCCACGAGCCUGUUGACGCACCGGUAGCGUGACGGACGAGCACGGAGACGGAGUACUCGCUGGAAUAUUAAGUCUUGGGGUGGUUUGGGUUCGAUUCAUCGUGUUCGAAGGUUCCACGAGGUUGUGGACGGACCGGCGGCACAGACGGGCACAGGGACAGGGACAGUGCUCGCGCGAGUGCACCCUCACAGGGAGAGACCGGUGGAACGGAGUAAGGGCGGAGAAGAAGCGCGAUAGAGAGUGGGAGGGGAAGGAGAGAGAAAAGCUUGAGGCAAGCGCGCGUAUUGAUUCCCGCGUGGCGUUAUACGGUGAGGUGAGAAAGCUGCAACCGGAAGAUUCGCGGCUGCCUCCAACGGGUCGCCGUUGAAAAAUCCAAGGAAGGCCCUCAGACCGGCGAGCUGCUCGUCCCCGGUGCCGCAAGAAGAGCGGGCAAGGGUGAUCCGUGAACCAGAAUGAGGGAAAUCACCCGAGUCUGCUCGAGCAGGGUCCCGUCGGCCCUUCGUACGAGAAAUGAUUUUUAGAAGGAAGAGGGUAUGACUCACCGAACUCAUGCAGUGGCGAAAACACGUGCGCAUCAAGUACGGUGGUCGAGUCGGUGUCGGUCAAGGGCAGCGGGAGCGGGAGCAGGUGCAGCUGCAGGUGCGUGUGUUGCAGCUGCAGUGGGAAGGGGGCGCACGGCUCAGCUACGUCUGUCAUCAGCCUCAACUCUCGUCGACGGCUCGCCGCAGCUGCAGCACAGCGGCCAUGCUCUGCUGCGGCCGCAGAAAAGAGGGCCGGGGGGAAGUGACAGACAUAAGCGCAAGUCCUGGGAGGCAAGCUCCUGCCAACCAGUUGCGCCCCAAGGAACCACCCCCCAUGGUCAUUCAAGGAGACUUCAGAAAGGUGAGCGGGAUCAGCACCGAGAUCUUCAAGCAGAUCGAGACGGUCGAAAACGAUCAUGACGCCUCAACGGCAGCAGCCCUCGAAGCUGUCGAACGGAGGGGUGAGAUGGUCGUGCGAGUCAUCGAGCCACGGCAAAUGGGCAGGCAGGCGUCGGAAGCCGCGAAGAAGUUCACCGCGAUGCAGGAUCCGAAGCACCCCAUCCACUUUGUGGAAAUAAUCAAGAGGCCAGGGCAGACGCUAGGGCUCUACAUACGCGAGGGCAACGGCGUCGACAGGAACGAUGGCGUCUUUAUCUCGAGGAUAGCCCUGGAGACCGCUGUCUACAACAGCGGCUGCUUGAAGGUGGGUGACGAGAUCCUAGCGGUGAACCUGGUCGACGUAACACACAUGAGCCUAGAUGAUGUGGUAAUCAUCAUGUCGAUACCCAGGAGGCUUGUCUUGGCAACGAGACACGGUCAGCACCAGCCCAUCUCCCACAGUCGUCAAACUGAGCACAAGGCACCACCAGUUGUCGUGAUCAAGAGGGAGUUGAACGAAGACGAGAGUGAUCAUGCAACGAGCAAUCAUGUCAGAGAUGGUAAUCGUAGACGCGGCGAUGGUCGCGAAAUGCUGCCAUCCAGGUCGAGACUGGGUCUGACAGGUCUAGGAUCCAGCCAGGAUCUAGGAUCAAGCAACGGUGAUUUGUACUACAAUUCCAGACCGGAGGGACACUGGUCCUACCAACCACCGCCACCACCAGUCAUCACACACCAACCAAAACCGUCAGCUACGCAACAUUUCCAGCCGUACGAGCGUGGAUAUCCCAAAACGUUGGAGAGUUUGGCUGAAAAAGUACACUCUUUCUACACGGGGCCUGUAAUGCCCUCUAAUGGUGGUCGACGAAUGUCCACGGGCGCAGGAAUGCAGUCAAUUGGUGGCAGAUUGUCUGGUCAGACCCAGUCUUCGCACUAUGGAUACGGUCAGCACUCAAGCAGUGGAAGAAUCAUGCCUAGAAGUGGCUCCGAUCAGCAUCUACCCCGUGUGGAUUACACCAGCAUCACCACACCUGCUCGACACACUCUUCUUAGAUCUAGCUUGAAGUCAGGUACGUCAGCAUUGAGAUACAACACAAGGUAUGCUACCCAAGCCGAUACAACGUCGUCCACCCAGAGGCAAGGUCAGUUUGGCACCCUGACGAGGAGGCAUCGACCAUCGUUAGAUUAUGCGUCAGACACAGAGGCAACGUGUUCCAGUUCGCCUAAGUCAGCGUAUUAUUACUACAGGCACAACAUGAAUAAUCCACCGCAAAGCAGCGCUGUCUCACACCUGGCGACCCUCUCGAGGUCGCAAAUUGGUCAGAGUUCCUCUGGUUUGAGGUCGAAUUCGUUACCUCGAAGUGGCAGAACAUUGCCUCAGCAACCUGGUCUUCGAUCAGGACUUAGCACAGUAGCAUCAGGGCUGAUCGAUCAAGAAGACAGCGAUGGAGCGCUAUCAGCACCUGAGUUGCCUUCUAUCAGGCGUGACAGAGGGAGAAUACCAUCAUCACCAAGUGUGUUCACAUCGGAUGAGUAUCGAGCAUGGCUGAGUCGAACACCAAGCACCAGUGCAUUGUACGAGCAAAUCAGGGCGACCACGAGUAGGCCACCUCGUUAUACCUACAGUGCUGAGAACAUUCACGCAGCUGUCAAUCAAGGUGAUUACGGCAACUACGGGGCGUACAGGCCACUGUCAAGCACUCUGGACCGUCUGUCGACAAGAUCAGCCUCGGCACAACAAGUGAACCUGGCCAAUCUGAGAGCAUCGACGGCGAUCAGCUCAACCUGUCACCGUGGAACGACGAAUCCAAGACCGGCCUCGGUUGCGUCGAGCGCGCGCGCGUCCCUGACGAGUCAGAAACCGUCUCUCAGCAACUCGACCGCACAGAGAGCUACCUCGGUAAGGAGAAUCAGGAAUCUACUGGACCUGGAGUCAACGAGAAGCAUACCCACCCCCACGCCUACCAGAACUCAGGAUCAAAGACUGCUAGACAUUAAUCCUGCAGAGUUCCUCAAGUAUAAGAUAGAGAAGCCACCGACUGUAGGGACUCCGAACUCGACUAGUUCUCUCUUGAGCUCGCUCGGGGAAACCAACAGCGGCGAUCUGGCAGGUGGGGUCAGCGGAUUGCUCUACGUCCAUCUGUUGGCAGGACGCGGCCUCCGUUCGACGACGUCCUCGUCAGCGGCUACCACACCCUCCACGCCAUCAGGUCAGCCUAAUUUAGCUAGUUGUGGCUUGAGAGACCUGUACUGCGUACUGGAGUGCGACAGAGUGCACAAAGCGAGGACAGUGGUCCGGACCGGUGACCUGAUGUUCGACUGGGACGAGACCUUCGAGCUGGACCUCGUUGGCAACCGGCAGUUAGACCUCCUCGUCUAUUCCUGGGACCCGCAGUACAGGCACAAGCUCUGUUACAAGGGAUCCGUGCACCUGGCCACCCUCCUCAAGGAAUCGCCUGUUCACCAGUUGGCCGUCAAGGUCGAGCCACGUGGCACGAUUUAUUUGAAACUGCGUUACACCGAUGCUCAGCAAACCUUCCGACGGAGGGGACUGCCAGUGAUAUCCUUGGCCACCAGGGCUGCUCCUCUCUUCGGUGUUGAUCUGGACACCGUGGUGAGCAGAGAGAGCAAAACUGGAGGAGUCACUGGAGGAGUUUCCACUGCCUUAGCAAUGGGGGUACCAAACGUUCCCAUAAUCGUCUGGCGCUGUGUCGAGGAGGUUGAAAGAAGGGGUCUUGACAUCAUCGGCUUGUACAGACUUUGUGGGUCAGCGUCGAAGAAGAGGAUACUCAGGGAGGCUUUCGAGAGGAACGCUCGUUCCGUGAACCUGUCACCUGACAAUGUACCAGAUAUCAACGUUAUCACUGGUGUACUGAAAGACUACCUUCGAGAACUUCCAGAACCACUCUUCACGAAGUGCCUCUACCAAAUGAUGGUCGAUGCACUGACUGUUUGCAUACCGGAUGAUCCUCAGGGCAACGCCAAGCUAAUGUUCAGUAUACUCAACUGUCUACCAAAAGUGAACAGGUGCACGUUAAUUUACUUGCUGGACCACUUGGCAAUGGUGGUGUCGCAGUGCAACAAAAUGUCUCCUGCUAGUCUGGCAGUCUGCUUCGGACCUGUCUUGAUGCUAUACUCCGAGGAGAACGGACCACCUCUGGACUUCCAACAGCCAAUCGCUGUUCUCAAGUAUCUCCUUGAAAUAUGGCCAGUUAAGUCAGUUCGGAAGAUUUCUUCAGUCGCUUCAGCACUUCCUCGAGUUACGCCACCAGUCGAGCACAACAACAGUCAGCAGCUUCUGCAGCAGCAGCCGCAGCAACAGGUGCAGCAACAAAUCCAGGGAACAUUGGGACGCACAGGGCUGCCCUGGCAGCAGCAACACUCACUUCAUCAACAGUCUCCAACUACGGUACCCGCAGCCCUCGCUCCCUCCACUCGUCCACCACCCCCGGUCAAGCCUCGACAGGUGAUAGUCUCGUCUCCCGGUUCACCUAGCAGUGAGGAGUCAGAAGCAUCACCAGAGCCAAUUAACAAGAGCCUCCUGGGUGGCUUGGGACUCGAGAAGGGCAACGAAGGGGCUACAGCUGACUCGACUGGCCCUGGAACAGAACAAAUCACCCCAACCAGCAGCGUAGACACAGAGGAAGGAAACACACCACAUCCAGAAGAAGGCGAACGAGGAGUCGAGGGUGACGCUGAGGCCAGUGACUGUUGAUUUCAGUACAUUCUUGUCGAACCUCACUCGACUUGGGACUGUGAAGGGUUGAAGUCUCAUUGAAUGCAUUUUCGGGAUGUGUCUUUACUAGCUUGAGGAAGAAUCUCUUAUUUGAAGUCAAUCUGAUUCGCAGAUUGUUGAUGGAAAUUAUAGAGUCAGCGUUGGGCAUUAGACAAAUUUUAUGUGUUAAUGGCUAGUUGUCGGUUGUUGGUUGUCGAGUUGAACUGUGAGUAAACUUAUAGUGGACCCUUUAUUGUUAGUUUCUUUUAAAAUUAUUUGAAGACUAGUACGAUGAAGAACUACCAUCAUGAAUUUUUCUUCUCAAUGAUGAUGAAGAAGUAAUUGGAAAGUUCAAUUGCUCUCGAUGAUUAGAUAAUGUUAAUAUUAAUAUUGAGUAAAAAUAAUAUUGAGUUAUCGGUUCGAGGAAGUUUUGCCCAACUCUGGUGAUAUUUAUUCGCAAACAUUGUAAAAGAGGAUUCUUAGGGAUUUUUGUUGUUUGUAAGCGAAACGAGAGCGAAAGGAAGUUCUUGGAACAUUGCUUGCCAAUCAGUAUUUCAUGUAUCGUAAUACUUCAACAUGUUCACAGUCAUCAGUUUGUCAGUGACUGUGGACUUGUUAACAAAUCAACUAAUAACGAAUUCAUUUCUCUUUUUAAAUAUAGUCAGCUUUUAUAUGCGUAUCAAAAGUAUACAAACACUUGGAUUUCAGAGAUUUCGAUACAUAAUUUAUCUUAAGGUAGUUGUUUCAUGGAUUUAUUUAAUGUAUGAUGUUAACAAAACCUCACUCGAUUGUUAUUUGAUUAAAUAUGAAUUAUAUUUGAACAUACAGAUGCGAGCUAAGGCUUGAUCUCUUUAAAUUUAAAACAAGUUGCAAUUUAUAAAGUUGCUAUGAUGUUAACAAAACUUCACUCGAUUGCUAUUUGAUUAAAUAUGAAUUAUAUUUGAACAUAGAGAUGCGAGCUAAGGCUUGAUCUCUUUAAAUUUAAAUCAAGUUGCAAUUUAUGAAGUUGCUGAAAGUUUGAUAUGUUAUAAUAACCGAAAUUACAAACCAUUUAAGAAAAAUAAUAAUUAUUGGCCACAUUGUUAAUGAUAUAUAAUUCAUUAAAAUUUGAAACCGAAUGUAGAAAAUAACCUAAGCUUGUUAUUUUAAUAAGUGUUCGUAUAAUUUUGAUACGCGAUUUUGAAAAACCUUGGAAGGGCUGGACCAAGGAUCGGUCGAAAUUUUAAAUAAAAUGUCAACAAGCAAGCGAGCUAAGAGUUCCCUUCCUCUCAGUCUGCAACUUUUGUGGUGCGUCGAUGAAAACUAAAAGAAAAAGAAGCGAUAUUUUGUUCUUUCAAGUUUAAAGAAGAUAACUCUUCGAAGAUUAAACGCGUUGACUGCUUCGAUUUAGAAGUCUGAUUAUGGUGCAAUACUUGUAUCGUUGAACAAUUUUUCAUUCGAUGAGCAAAUGGUGAGAAUUGGGUUUGCAGCGUAAGCUGUGCAAGACACGAAUCUAGUCUAUACUGUGUUUAACGUUUUCUAGUCGAUGAUUUCUCCUUUGGAAGCAUUUAUUAUAUUGUUACUACGUUAGUUGAAAACGUUUUCCUCGCGUGAUGUUGUGUUUUUAGAUGUUUAUACGUGUUCCUGUGGCAGUCAGCGCGUCGAGUUCCACGCAUGCUCUUAUAAAACGACACCGUGGCCGUGCAAUUGUACGAUACAAGGCUGAUUCUUGUCGCCAGACGCACAAUACGAGCGAUCAUUGUUUCCCAGACGAAACGACGCGCAUAAUGGGACCACCGCGAUUAUCCGUUAAAAAACUAAUCACUGAAAUUGACGAUCUGACGACCGACUGGAAGCCUUUCGCGAGAUUUUUUCGUACGAAUUCUUUCUAUAUUGUACAACACACGUGAAAUCUAAGAAAUAAGAAGAAGAAAAAAAAACGAAUAUCGAGGUUUACAGUUUAAAAAGAGAGUUUCCCACUCUUCGGCUGCGAUAAUUUUAGAAUCACAAAAGACUGUGUUGGUGUACGUCACAAACAGGUUCCUAGUUUGCACAAAAUUCGACUAUUAGACUUAACUCGAGCAGCCGAAGAGUAAUUGGCGAGAGAUUUGAAUUUUUCCUCACGCACAAAAAACAAAAGAAAAAGCCCAAUACAAUUUCGAGGACCCUGGACUUUUUUUCUGUUCCGUGCUGAGAUCCACCAAGACCUCUUUCAGUCCAAUGUCGACCAACCGAAGGGUGGAGCCGUCAAACGAAGGCCUGAAACCGAUGGAAUAAGAUUAAGGGACGGACGAUACUUUUAAAACGUGUCUACCGUGUCUCGAACUGCACAAAUCUACCAAACGACUGAUAGCAAACGAGUCUGAACUGCCCCAAAGCGAGGAGGACCCCAGGGGAAUCCCUGAAUCGCGCGCAGCCUUAGGCGGUGAUUCCCAGCUGCAGAAGACAAAAAACGACUGAUCAGACUGGAAUGACGACGAGCAAAGAGGGGAGGAGAGACACACGAGAAACGAAGAAUAUUACCCGUACACAACGUUCGGUUUAUAUACAAUAUACUAUAUAUAAAUAUAUAUAUAUAUAUACAUAUUAUAUAUACAUAUUAUAUAUACACACAUAGGCUAGUCACGAUAUACAUGUGCUUUUGAUAAAAAACUAUUACUUGUAGCAGUUAGCUAGCCAUCGUAUACAGAACACGAAGGAACUGCUGAUGUACACGAACCUGCGUACACGUAUACGUGCACUGACGAAAAUUUGGAGGAGGAAAAAGAGAUAGCAUGGUCACGGUGAAUCAGGAAAUUAUUUGCACGCAUUAGGAGUAGCGUCCAAGGUAAAAAAGAGACGCACGAUUUCUCUAUGACCUCUAUUUCAGAUGUACGGAUACAUAGAUUAUGAAUAGACUGAGGACUUUUAUGCAUUUGUAGGAAAUUUUAAUGUACAAAAUGCACACAGUAUGCAAUAAUAUAAAAACUAUUGAAAGUUAAAGUUCAUAUUAUAAUAUUUGCUAAACAUAAUAAAUUCCUAUUUAGGUUCUAUUUUAUGUAGAUACGUUCGCGAAGACUUUAUUUUGCACAAAGAUCCGCAGUCUAAUUAUUAGGUUGUCCAAAUAGUUUCUUCCAUUUCAUUAAUAAGUAAUACAUACACAAUAUUUUGUCUCUAAGGUUACAUCGUUGAAUUACAUUAUCGUGUACGAUUCAUUUUGCUCCGUUACUAUUACAACAUUAACAUCUAAGAAAUUAGGUUGUCUAUUUAUAUAAACAUUGCCACACAAAAUAACUGAGUGCAAGUCACGGAUGAAACUUUUGGGACAACCUAAUAUGAAUUUGUACGUUCAUAUUAUCUUUCUGGCAUUUCCCAAGUCACAGAGUAGAAUGGAGAAUUCCUCAAGCCACAGCGUAGACUGGGAGAUUUCUUAGGCCACAGCGUAGACUGAAGAAUCCCCCAAGUCACAGCGUAGAAUGGAGAAUUCCUCAAGCCACAGCAUAAACUGGGAGAUUUCUUAGACCACAGUGUAGACUGAAGGAUUCCACAAGUCACAGCAU